AUGAAUGAAUUGAAAGAAGAAAGAAAAGAAAAAAGGGGGGAAAUCGAUGAAAACCAAAUGAAUAAAAUAAAAAACAUGCUCAUCGAUUUAGAUGUUUUGAUAGAUAUAUCAAAAAUAGUUUUAUACAAAAAUGAAAAUUUUGAUUUGAAUCUUAUAAAUAAUGUAAACGAUAAAUUUGUCGAAAAAAUAUGCAAUUUGUUGGUGAAUAAAAAACAAAAUAUAAUUCCCGAAGAUGAAUUAAUAAAUUUUAUUUUUUUAAUAAUAAAUGAAAGAGGUGCUCAAAAAAAUGAGAUAAAACUCGAAAAAAAUAUAGAGGACUGGAAAAUUUUCAAAGAUAUUGAUGAUGAAUAUCCUAUAAAAAAUGAAGUAGAACAACUUAUUAAAAAAAUUAAUAAAUUUUAUUUUUAUUUUAAGGAAUUUAUUUUUAAGGAUAAAUUUAUAUUCAACAAAUCAGAUGAAGAUAUAGACAAAAACGAUAAGGACGAAAAAAUUGAUAACAAUUAUUUUGAUGGUGAUUUAAGGGGGGAAUUAUAUAAUAUAGAUGAAAAUAUUGAUAACAUAAAAUUAAUGAAUGGAUUUACAAAAGAGGGAAAACUAAACAAUAUGAAAAAGACAGAAUUACAAAUAAGAGAAAUAAUUCACAGUAGUAUGAGCGAUGAUGAAGAUAAUGAAAAUAAGAAUGAGAAAUAUGGUUUGAAAAAUUUGAAAAAAUCGGAAAGAUUUAGUAACAAUUUAAGUGAAUAUAGUGAUGAAUGGGCUUUUUCGAGUAAUGGCAAUAAAAAUUAUAGAAAUAAUGUUAAAGACAUAUUUAAUAACUCUAAAAAAAAUCAAGAAAAAAAAAAUAUAUAUAUAUUCCAAAAUGAUAAUAUAUUAAGUAAUGAAAACAAUUUUGAAAUCGAUAGAUACAUAAAAAAUUAUAAAUCAGUCGAAAAAAAUGAUUUAUAUAAUAAUACAUAUUUAGAGACAUCAAAUAUUUAUGAGAAAAAUAAAAAUUAUUAUUCUACUACUAUAAAUUUUGAUGAUACACUUACUAAUGAAUAUUAUGACGAAACAACAGAAAAGGGGAUUGCAAAUAAAAGAGAAAAAAAUAUUGACAUUCAUAAAUUUCCAAAAAAAAAUAUCGAAUAUUAUGAUAAUGAAAUAGAUAGUGAAAGUAUACAUUAUUCUGUGAACAGAUAUGGUAAAACUAUUGAGAGCGAGGGAAAAGGAAAAAAUGAACAGAUUAAUAAGACAAUAAAUAUGAGAACUCUAAAUAAUACAAAACGAAGUAUUAGUAUGCCAAGUAAACAAAUAAAAUGUAUUAAAAAAAAUAUAGAGGAAAAAUAUACAAAAUGUAAAAAAUUAAAUAUUGAAGAUUCAGAAAACGAAUUUAAUUAUUAUGAUAAUACUAUGAUCUCAUUAUCUGAUUCCUUUUUUACAUUUUCCAAAGGAAAAAAAAAUAUAAAUAUAUUAAAAAAAAGUUCAAAUAAUAAAACAUACACGUUAACUUUAAAUAUACCUUCUACAAGAAAUAAUUUAAAAUUUGUUCAUAAAAAUGGAAAAAGUUGGAUAGAUGAAGAUAGUGAAGAAAAAGGAAUAAAAGUACCGACUGAUGUCUUUUUAGAACAUUCAAAUGAUAUUUUUAAUGCAUCUGAUAAUAUUUUUGACUUUUAUAAAAUAAAAAAUAAAUUUAAUAAGAAUAAUGAGUAUAAAGAAACAUUUGAAAAAAAUUAUGAGAUACAAAAUGAUAUGUCUAUACUGAAAACUAAUAGAAGUGAAAGCAAUAACUCUGUUAAUUAUGAGCAAAUUGAAAUAAGCAAUACUUUUAAUAGAGGUAGAGGAAUUAUGAACAAGUCAGGCAAUAUUGCUCAAAAUGAAAAAAAAUAUUUCAAAAUUUCAAAUUAUAAUACAAAUGUAGAGAAUCAAUUUUCGACAGAAGAUUCUAUAAAACUUUACGAAGAUGACCAUGAUUUUUUAGAGGUAAUAAAAAAUAGUUAUAAUAAAUUUUUCAGUGUAAAAAAUGUAAGAAACAAAAAAAAAGAAGAAAGGGAAGAUAUUGAAAGAAAUAAGCAUAAAAAUAUGACUUGUUCAUAUGAUAAAUAUACCGAAAAUAGCUUUUAUGAACAUUUUUAUGACCAUGUUAAUAAAAAUAUGACAUAUGAAGAAUGUGAUAAUAAUUCAUGUGUUAACAAAAAUGAUGAAUCAGAAUAUGAGAAUACUGCAGCUAAGGAAUACAAAAGAGAGAGUGAAACAUAUUAUGCAACGGACAAAGAAAUGUUAAAUAGUUAUUUUGAUAAUAAAAAUGAAGAUAAUAGAGCUUUUAUUUUUUCAAAAAUAAAUAAAGAGGACGUAAAUACUAUUUAUUUUGAUAAAGAUGAUAAACAAGAAAUGAAGCAUGAUAUACCCCAAGACCAAAAUAUAUACAAAUUUGAUGAUAAUAUUGAUUAUUAUAAAAAUAUUAUGAAUAAAAUGGAUAGUGAAAAUAACGAUGAUAUAUUUAACAGGAAAAACGAAACAAUUUUUAAUAAAACGAGUUUUAUUUUGUUAAAAAGUAAAAAGGAAAAAGAUACGAGACUGGAAAAAUGGCUAAAUAAAAUAAAUUCCCGAGAAAAUGAAAGGAAGAAAAGAGUUGAAGAAAAACAAAAACAAUCAAACAAAAAAGAAUUAGUAAACUGUACAUUUCAUCCAAUUUUAAAUAAAAACUCAAUAAAAAAACCCAAAAUAAAAAAUAAAAUUAAUAUAUAUGAUCCAGGUAUUUCGGUUAUAGAAAAGAAAGACAAUACACAACAUUGUAGUAAUGGUAUAAAUAAAAGUUCUCGAUUUUAUAAUUUAAGACAAUUAAAUAGUAUAGAUAAAAAUAGAAAUAUAUCUAUAAAUACAGAUAAUAUAAUUUACGAAGAUGAAAAAUAUAUGAACUUUGUAAAUCAUAAGUCAAAACAGAAUAGGUAUAACAUUGAUAAAUGUGUGCAAGAAAAAAAAAAAAAAAUAGCCAUAAAAAAUAAUAACCCCCCAGAAAAUUAUAGCAACAAAAUAAACAAACAUCCGAUUAACCGAAAUGAACUAUUAUAUUUGAAAGCUAUGAAAGGAAAAGAAAAAUUAGAAAAAAGAAAAAUAAAAUUUGAAAAGGAGAAGGAAGAAGAAUUUAAAAAAGAACAUAAUUUCCAUCCAAUUAUAAAUGAAAAUGUUAAACUAUUUUUGUCUGAACAUCCACGAGGGUAUAAUAAAACUGUGAAUAGAAUAAAAAAAGGAGUUGAAGAUCAAAAAAGAGUACAUGAUUUUUUAAAUUAUAGGAAUCCUUAUAAUAAUUCAAUUAAAGCAAAUGAUGAAAAAAAAUCUACAAUGGGAAAAAAAACAACUCGUGUUUCACCAUUUAGUUUUGAUCAGGGAUUUUAUAAAGUUAAAAUAAAACCUAUUUAUUUUGAAACAAAAAUAAAAAUUUCUGAAAAUAAAAUUGCAUCGUUAUCUAUCUGUGAAGAUGAAGAUCCUCUAUAUAUUGUUGACAUUUUUUGUAAAGUUCAUGCAAUAAAAGAUGAGGAUAAAAAAGUGUUAUAUGAGUAUAUACUUGAUGAAUUAAGUAAAGCAAAUCUCAAUGAUUAA